GUCGUCCAUUCUUUGCUUGCCCGGCCAUGGCCGGUGUCAUUGAUCUUGACGACGCGAUUGAGGAUGCGGCGGUGCUGAUACAAACGCCCCUGCGGCGAGUGCGGAGGCCAGACAUCACGCCCAACAAUCCGCCACGGAGGGCAGCUUCAGCCAGCGCCAUUGCGCCGGCGUCCAAGCGGCCUCGGGGCGAGGAAUCAUCCCCUUGGCAGGGCGUCAGACUCAGAGCUUCCAAGGAGCCAAAACCCGAGCCCUGGCGGAGAAGCGGCUCGGUGCCACUGGACCGCCAGGCCUUCGAGACGGGAGCCCUGGCGUUGUUGUUGGUGUCCCUGGAGGACCGAUUGAUGCUGCCGGUGCCCGGCUUCGACGGAGGCCCUGCGAGCCCGGCGGGUGCCUAUAGAAACCAGCAACGCUGCGAGGGGUCGGUGCCUGUGCUGGACUUGCACGGAGUCACCCCAGAGGGCGCCUCCGUGCUUCUGCACGUGCACGGCUUCCGGCCCUACUUCUAUGCCCAACGCCCCAGCGAGGAGGUGAACCUCAAGGUUUGCCUCGAAGCCCUGGACCGGGCGGUGCGCAGCAAGGAUGGCGGCAUCGAACUCCUCGAAGAGGUGGAGCGAACGCCAAUCAUGAACUACCAGCCAAACUCCGAGCGCUUCAUUCGAGUGGUGAUGUCCAGUCCGAAGAUCCAGACCAACUGCAAGACGGCGCUGGAGCGCGGGGUUCCGCUCGGACAGGGCAUCACCUGGAAAUCCCAGGCCUUCGAGGUGGUGGCGCUGCAGCAGCGGUUCCUGGCAGAUCUCUCGGGCGCCGGGGGCGCCUGGCUGGAGGCCCCGGCCGGGCGCUUUCGGCUGCGGCCUCAGCAGCAUCUGCCGCGGAGCAGCCUGGCGCAGCUGGAGGCGGACACGCACUACAGCUGCCUGCAAGCCCACGCGCCAGAGGGCCGGUGGCUCCAGCUGGCGCCUUUGCGACUGCUGUCGCUGCACCUGCGCACUCGCGAAGAAGGCCGCAUCUGCGCGGCCGCCUGCGUGCUGCGCACCCACGGCUUCGAUUCGGAGCUCAGCGCCGCCUGGGCCGUGGCCGCCGGCGCCGAAGCCUCCGCCGGCGGAGCAACCGGCGGCGCGCGGAUGGUGGGCUCGGAGGAGGAGCUGCUCCAGCAGCUCCGGGACUUCCUGCACGCAGCAGAUCCGGACAUCAUCCUGGGCUACGACCUCCUCAACGGGCACCUCAGCAGUGCCAUCACCCGAGCUGCCGCGCUGAAGCUGGGCGCUGCGCCAGGAAACAAGGGUGGGGGCCUGUGCCUGGGGCGGCUCUGUGGGCAGCCGAGCCGGGUCAAGAACUCCACCUUCGAGACGCGGCAGCUAGGCAAGCACGAGACCAAGGACAUCACCGCUGAGGGCCGGCUCCUCUUCGACCUGCUGCGGGUCACCGAGAUGGAGCACAAGCUCAGCUCCUACACCCUGUCUGCGCUGGCGCUCCACUUUCUCAAGGAAUCCAGGCUGGAGCUGGGUGCCGCUGACCUGGAGAAGCUCAGCAGAGAGGAUCCCAGAAAGCUGGCGGAGAUGACGCGCCGUGAUGCAGGCCUGUCGAUGCAGCUCUUCUACCAGCAGCACUGCCUUUUCCGCUACGUGGAGAUGGCCCGGGUCACCGGGGUGCCCAUGGAGUAUUUGCUCACGCGAGGUCAGAGCGUAAAGGUGCUCUCGAUGCUCCUGCGCAAGGCGCGGCUUCACGGGUACGUGCUGCCACCGCAGACGCGGUACAGCAACGGCAUGGAUGAGGGCGGCAACACCUAUGAGGGCGGCGCCGUGCUGGAUCCGUUGAGCGGGUUCUACGAUGAGCCGGUGGUGACCUUGGACUUUGCGUCCCUGUACCCGUCCAUCAUGCAGAAGCACAAUCUCUGCUACAGCACCAUCAUCAGGGCCACAGCCCCUCCAAUGAUGGAUGGAUUGGAGUCGCUGGAGCAGGUCGUUCCGGGCCUGGGCCAUCGCUUCGUGAGCUCCAAGGUGCGAAGAGGCCUAGUGCCCAUGGUGCUGGAGGAGCUGCUGACGGCGCGGGCAAGGGCCAAGAAGGAGCUGAAGCAGGUGCCCCCAGGAGACACGCAGCUGCGGGCCGUGUUGGAUGGGCGGCAGCUGGCGCUCAAGAUCUCGGCCAACUCGGUUUACGGCUUCACAGGCAUGGCCAAUGGCCCCCUGCCGUGCCAAGCCAUCGCCGCGUCUGUGACCGCGUAUGGGCGGCAGAUGAUCGAGACCGCCAAGGUGAGGUCGGCGGAUCUGGGAGGGAUCUGGGAGCGAUGCAUAGGGUCAGAUGAGACUCUUCACCCGGAGCCCGAUGAGAAGGCGGGCGGAUCCAACGGCUCCGGCGCCGUGGGCUCCGGGGCCGCGGCGGCGCGGCGGCUGCGCCCGCUGGGUCAGUCCGAGCCCACGGAGAUGGAGACGUGCCCCAUUUGCCUGGACGUGCUGUGCUGCCAGCCGCUGGGUGUGUGCGUGGACUCCUGCGGCCGGCGCAGCUGCGGGCACUUCUUCCACCUCAGCUGCCUGGAGCGGGUGGAAGGCGCCCAUUGCCCGCAGUGCCGCACCCGCUUCACGCUGCGCGCGCCGGUGCCCAACCUGGGCGAUGCCUGGGUGCGCCUGGUGGCACCGCAGGGGCUGCGCAGGGACGUGGCGGCAGGCCUUCGAGCCUGUCUCGAGCUUCCCCAUGAGGAGGUGGAUCGCUUGCUGAGUCCGGCUUCAGAUGUCUUGGAGCCGGACGUCUUAGCGGAGCUGCUGCAAGUGGCGCAAGACUUCCUGCCGAAGUCUCUGGAGGAGAUUCCUGCCAAGGCGCGGGAUGGCAAAGUGACGUGGAGCCGCCGCCAGAGGGAUGCCGGUGCCUCUGUGGUCGCCUGCACCUUCGGCGUGGGGACCGGGUGUGCGCCGGGCCUUCCAAGGCAGUAUGGAGCCGACACCGAGGAGGUUGUCGAGAUCUCCCCGACGCCGGAUGGACCGCCGAUCCCCUUCACCAUCGCGGAGCUCGCGGAGCAGACUGGCAGCACCGAGGCCGAACUCCGGGAGUUCCUCUCGGGGCGUUGGGACGAAGUGAGGCCGCGCCAGCCAGGCGAGGGCAUGGACGGUGAGCUUCUGGCACUCUUGGCCGAUAAGCCUGGGGCCCUCACCAAGUUCUUCGAGGACUGCGGUGUGCAGAGCUGCUCGGAUGUGCGCUAUAGCUGGGCCAAUGGUGGCGCUAUGGUGGCUGCCUAUGAGGCCAGGUACGGCGCCGUGAGUGCAGAGGGGGCCUUCCAGGUAAUGAUGGUCUACAGCCUGGCCUCUGGCCAGGCAACCCUGCAAAAGGCCUUCGCAGUCCGGAGAUUGGUGGAUGAACGAGAGUCAGUAAUCGUCGGGCGUCCUGCUCUCAGCCUCCAGGCUGCCCCAGCAUUUCAGGGCUCCCAGAAAAGCCGCCCAGUCAUUGAGACGGGCCUUUCUGAGCGGGUGCCCAAUUUGAUUGAGGCAGCCGCUGCGGACCCGUACACCAAGGAGAAGGCCAGGAAGCAGAUGAAAACCCAGGCCCUCUUUCAGUUUGUGGUCUACAACCUGGUGGAUCUCGCGGAGCUGGGAGUCACAUGGGAAGCUUUGAAUGACCCUGCCCGGGUCGAAGCCCUCCGGGAGAGCCUUAUGGCCUGUACUGUCCGACUCAGUUUGGAACAAGUUGGAGCCCUCUUGUCCUCUGUGAAGAGGUGGGCGCGUUUUGCCCAGAGCAAGGGCUACUCAGUCCGCACGACUCCCCUACAAUUGGCCGAGUUCCUCAAGGAUGUGGGAUCUGGUGGACCCACAGCCGCGGCCUCCAUGUACCAAGCCCAUUCCAUGUGA